CAACAACAACAACAACAACAACAACAACAACAACAGCAAAACGUCUUACCGCCAGAAGAGCUGCGGCAACAGCAACAAUCUGUGGAUAUUACUCAACAGUCGCUACCGGUGCAACCGGUAAUAACGACAACUGCGGUCUUAGCCGGUUCCGCUGCGACGGUAGCAGAAGAAGUAGAACGAUCGCUACAACAACAACAUCCACUUCCACAGCCGCAGCCGCAGCCACAAAAAAAGCGAUGGCCAUUUUCGAUAUUUGCACGCCGCGAUCCAUCCUCGCCCGUAGGACCUACCACACCCUCACCGUCGAACACAGCUUCGCCAAUCGGCCGAGUCCACGCUGUAAAGACAAAUGGACCGCCAGGCGACAUUCUGGAUGCGCAGCAACAGGAGGAGCUCGUUCGGCAGCUCUACAACAAGAGCAUGAACAACAAUGCUACCAACAAUAACAAUAGCAACAAUAUCCAGGGUGGUCUUAACCUAAGCGGUGCCAUAACAGAUAACAACAACAGCAACCAGCCGCAUGAGCAACAACGAACACAGGAUAGUAACAACAACAACAUGAUGAUGGUGGCGAGUCUCGACCAGAUCUGGGUCUUUCGCGCAUCCAACAGCAACGCCAACACGACAGCGAACGUAUGGAUCACAUUUGAUUACAACAACCAACAUCUCUUAACCAAGCACAAGAAAAAGCUGGACAAGCUGAGAAUACCAUACGAUGAAGGGGUCGACGUGUUUGACUCGCAUAUCCGACAAGGAAAAUUGCCCGUUUUGGUGUUUCCGAGUCGGAAGCAGGCUUACUAUCCUACCAAUCUUAGCGGCGAUGAGAUAAUUUCCAUCGAAGUGGCAUGCAUUCCCAACUCUCGAGACCUUCAGUUCGUUUACCGUCAGCAUCAACAACAACAGUAAAAGUGACAGCAUCUCAAACUCUCUUAUUCUUUUCUAAAAGGAAGAAAAGACACUCUAUAUAUACACACAUUACCAAACAAUUCCUGCAUACAGCAUACCCCUCACUCCCAGUUGCAUCUAUUUUUUUUUCGACACCUUACUACCACAACAAAGCAUUGUUCGUCUUUUCACACACACACACACACACAACAUACAACCGCACUUCCAACAUAAGAAAUUAACAAUUCUUAUGAUAAUAAAUAAAACAAAAAAAGGCUCAAUCUUAAUGCUUCGGAUGGGCACUGAACGUGCAACUUUAGAGUUUCUUCCAAACUUAUUUCUAUAUAGAUACGCAGCAGUAG